CCCCUGGGGCAGAACUUUCUUGCCCCCCCUCCUUCCUCCCCCGCAGCCGGACUCCCUCCCCAGCCAGCCCGUCCUCCCGGAGAAGGCGCCGCGGAGACAGCCCGGGCGGGGGCCUACCUUCCCCAGGGCUGGCAUCAUGUCGGCAGCGCAGGUGUCCUCGUCCCGGAGACAAUCUUGCUACCUGUGCGACCUGCCCCGCAUGCCCUGGGCCAUGAUCUGGGAUUUCUCGGAACCCGUGUGCCGCGGCUGCGUCAACUACGAGGGCGCCGAUCGCAUCGAGUUCGUGAUCGAGACGGCGCGGCAGCUCAAGCGGGCGCACGGCUGCUUCCAGGACGGCCGCUCCCCGGGACCGCCGCCGGGCCCUGCCUGUCUGGGGGGCGCCCCAGGUUCGUCGGCAGCGGCGUCCUCUGCUGCGUCUUCGACCUCGUCGUCGGUGGCAGAGGUGGGCGUGGGUGCAGGUGGCAAGAGACCCGGCUCGGUGUCGAGCACGGACCAGGAGCGCGAACUGAAGGAGAAGCAGCGCAACGCGGAGGCCCUGGCCGAACUAAGUGAGAGCCUGCGCAACCGCGCGGAGGAGUGGGCCAACAAGCCCAAGAUGGUCCGCGACACGUUGCUCACGCUGGCGGGCUGCACGCCCUACGAGGUGCGCUUCAAGAAGGACCAUUCACUCCUGGGCCGUGUCUUCGCCUUCGACGCGGUGUCCAAGCCUGGGAUGGACUACGAACUGAAGUUGUUCAUUGAAUACCCCACCGGCUCUGGCAACGUGUAUUCCAGCGCGUCCGGUGUGGCCAAACAGAUGUACCAGGACUGCAUGAAGGACUUCGGCCGGGGCCUCUCUUCUGGCUUCAAGUACCUGGAGUACGAGAAGAAGCAUGGCUCCGGGGACUGGCGCCUGCUUGGGGACCUGCUGCCCGAGGCUGUGCGCUUCUUCAAGGAGGGCGUGCCCGGUGCAGACAUGCUGCCCCAGCCCUACCUGGAUGCCAGCUGCCCCAUGCUGCCUACGGCACUGGUGAGUCUCAGCCGCGCCCCUAGCGCACCUCCGGGGACAGGGGCUCUGCCGCCCACCGCGCCGUCUGGCCGGGGAACAGCCUCCAGCCUGCGCAAGAGGAAGGCGUCCCCCGAACCCCCGGACUCGGCCGAUGGCGCCCUGAAGCUGGGCGAGGAGCAGCAGAGGCAGCAGUGGAUGGCAAACCAGAGCGAGGCACUGAAGCUCACCAUGUCCGCGGGGGGCUUUGCAACUCCGGGGCACGCGACUGGGGGUCCACCCCCACCACCCCCACCCCUGGGACCCCAUUCCAACCGGACCACCCCUCCAGAGACCGUCCCCCAGAACGGUCCGUCCCCCAUGGCCGCCCUCAUGUCGGUGGCAGACACUCUGGGCACGGCGCACUCUCCCAAGGACGGCAGUUCCGUGCACUCUACCACUGCGUCCGCACGGCGCAACAGCAGCAGCCCAGUGUCGCCCGCCUCCGUACCGGGGCAGCGCCGCUUGGCAUCACGUAACGGGGACCUGAAUUUACAGGUGGCACCCCCGCCGCCUACCGCCCACCCGGGCAUGGACCAAGUGCACCCCCAAAACAUUCCGGAUUCCCCCAUGGCCAACAGCGGACCCCUCUGCUGUACCAUUUGCCACGAACGUUUGGAGGACACGCAUUUUGUUCAGUGCCCAUCCGUCCCCAGCCAUAAAUUCUGCUUUCCUUGCUCUAGAGAGAGUAUCAAGGCCCAGGGGGCCACUGGUGAGGUGUAUUGCCCCAGCGGAGAGAAAUGUCCCCUAGUUGGGUCGAAUGUACCUUGGGCCUUCAUGCAGGGCGAAAUUGCGACUAUCUUAGCUGGGGAUGUUAAAGUGAAAAAGGAGAGAGACCCUUGAACCACAGGGCCGCCACCUCCUUUGCCCUAGACCAGCUCCUCUCCAAUCCAGAGGGCCCCUCCCCGCUCCCCUUUCCCUUCCUUCACCCCCAAAAUGUAGAAUUGUGAAUAUAACUGCAAAAAGUUAGUCUUAUGUAUAGACAUUAUUUUCGUCGUAUGUUUCUAUAUUUUGAAACAAAGGUAUGUAACUUCUUCAUUUGAAGGAUACGCUGGUUUGUGUUAAGCAGUAUAAUAUUGGUUGGGUCAUUCGCAUCAUAUUUGUUAGCGUUUAUUUGGUGGCAGAAUGUUUGCCUAGGUACAAAAUUAAUAGCCCUUAGCAACGACUGCUGCCGGUGUGUAUUUUUGUAAAUGUUAUGCACUCUGAAAGGAAAACACACAAAAGAAAAAGAUUUUUUUUUUUUUUUUUUUUU